AUGGUAGCGUGCUAUGAUGACAGUGUAGAUUGUCAUCGGUUGAAAUUAAAGUGUUAUCCACUGGACGAGUACUGCGAAGGAGAGGGGUCGUCGGAAUUGAAGGCAUUCCAAGAUGCGGCCAGAAAGGUGCUCGAUGUCCUUGAUAGGAAACAACUGUUGGAGGCCAGGGGCCGGCGUCUUAACCUGAUGUUGCGGAAGUAUGGAGGUGAUGAUGCGGUGGUGACUAAUGGGGGCAGCAACCUGAAAGAUUUGUUUGAAAAGUCUAAGGAUGUGGGCAGCCCUUUUUACACUCUAUUGGAGGACGCAGCGGAGGAUGAGGCGAAACUGAAUGUUGCCAGCUCCCUGGUGUUACAGUCCUUGAUGGCAUCCCCCACUGCAGAGAGCCUCUAUGAGGAUGCGACUGCCUUUCUGAGGAAAUUGGGUGGGUCCUUGCCUGCUUGGGUGAUGAUUGACAAGCCCCCUGUGUACCUGCUUGGAGCUGUCCAUUGGUGCCUUCUAGCCGUCGUCACUGGCCAAGUAGACGAGGUAGUGCCACAGACCCAGGAGGUUAUCAUGCCAUGUUUAUUGGCACUUGAGCAUGUGUAUCUUUCUUGGGCUCCCGAAUAUCCAGGAUUAUCUCAAUUCUGUUCGGAGCUUAUACGAUACAUGCUUGUGACCAGAAAAGCCCCUAUGAUUGCGAAAACAAGAUUAGAGUGCUACGAACUACAAAGUCUUGCAUCGGAGGCUGCUAGAGACAUGGCUCUACCCUAUAGGCAUUCUUCAUGUACUCAUGCGGAGGAUGCUAAUAAUGAGUUGGAGUAUAUAGCAGAGUUGAUGUUCCCGCCUUCUGAGAGGAUCGACUGGCUUCAUAAACAGUUCGAAGAGGUCAAUGAGAUUUUAUUGAGCUCGCCAUUGGGAGUUGAAGGUAGAGUAUAUGGCAGUCUUGUGAAUGGCUUCCCGACGGCACAUAGUGAUAUAGAUGUUGCUGUUGAAUUAAGAGAUGAUGUUAAAGAGGAACUACUAUCCAAGCAGCUUGACGCGGAUGGUGAGGAUGGUGGUUGUAGUGAUAAGGAGGAGAACGAGAAUAAUCAAGAAGUAUUGACGGAGAAGGCAAAGGAUCGUAAGGCAACCAUAGCAGCUAUUGAGCUACUAGGGGAAGAGUUUGAUAAACGAGGGUAUGCUGUUAACGAAGUUGUUACGGCUCGUGUACCGAUAUUGUUAUUAGUGAAGGAAGUUACAGGUCCUGAUGGUGAGAAGGAAAAGGUCGAAUUCAAUAUAUCAUUUGAUCACGAGAUAACACUAUAUAAUUCAAGGCUGCUUAGAUGCUAUUCCAUGCUGAGGCCAGAGGUGCGGACGUUGGUAGUCCUAGUGAAGCACUGGGCCAAGACCAGGGAUGUUAAUGAUGCCUGCAAUGGCACCUUAUCUAGUUACAGUUAUGCUCUGCUGGUCAUAUUUUUUCUCCAGCAGAAGGGUAUAUUACCAUCCUUACAGGAUCCUCGCUGCUUUCGUGAUGUCAAGUCAGACUGGAUAGUCGACAGAUACGUCGAUUCACACGAACAUCAUGUAUAUUUUUUCGAUUGGUUGUCGACUGGAGUGACUGACCCUCAGGAAGCCCUCAAUCGAUUUUUCCUCCCCGAAUAUGCUCAAAAAUCCGUGCCUAGCAUUGCAGUGCUGCUAUUCGAGUUCUUCGAAUUUUACGCGGAAGUUUUCCCAAGCUACGAGUCCAUUGUCGACAUCCGAACUAUCGGCCCACCAAUGUCGAAGGAGGAGUACUUCAAGUCAGAGCUGGCCAAGAUUUUGAAGCGAGUAGAGGCCAAGAGUUCUAACUAUGGUGACAGUGAUGGUGACGGACCUCACCCACCCACUAUUGAUGCUGUUAUGAGCCUAAGGCGUCGUCGGACAUGGCUGGCUAUAGCGGAUCCUUUCGAGAAUCUUAGACUCCUCGGUGUUAGUGCCAGGGGCAUGGAGAGGACCAUGUUGGAGAUGAGGGCGGCUUUGGCUCUGCUCAAUCAUCCAGAUCCGAAGGUUGAUUCGAUCGAACGGCUGUUCUCGUCGCAUAAGGUUCGCAGAGGAAUGAGGGAGUUUGGCCAUCCACGGAAGGCCAUUGAUAAGGCCGCCCACAAUUGGGGGACCUAUCACGACAAUAGCGUGGAAGGCAUUAGGACUAGUUACAUUUAUUAUAAUUCUAGCGAGUCUGCCGAAGCAUUCUGCCGCAAUCCCGAGCUUGAUGAUGCCGCUACGUGGGCGGCGGUGAAUAGGGCGUGGACUUGGGCUACUCAUGGGGUCCCAUCGAGCCAUGCUAUGUUGAGGUUUGAUGUAUUCUGCUGUCUUACCAUGCUGGAAGGAGUCAGUGUUACGUCAACAGAGUGCGUAGAAGCAUUGCCGGGCCAUAGACUCGUCCGUUCUAAUGGCCAGGCUGAUGAUGAUGAGUCUGAAGACGAGUCGAAUAUGGAAGUGGUUUGUAAUAUGCCCCAGUUCCAACAGGCUUUGGCCAAUGCUCGCACUAUGCGGCGUAGUACCACUAUCAACGAUCAGCGUCGUUCAAAGCAGUUUACUAAGGAUCAGCGUUAUGCUCCUCAUCGAACGUCUACCAACCAAUUGCCUCCUGCUCCGCAAUCUAGUACCGAUCAACACGGUGCUCCCGACCUUCCCCCCCAUAGUCGGCCCUCGCAUCAGCAACCCGCAGCUCCCCGAGGGACCGGACAUCAUCAACCAAACGCUGACAAACGAGGUCCACAUCAAUCAACCAAUACCAGUCGGGCCUCUGAACCUUCUAAAGGCCAACAAGGUCUUACUAAGUCGUCGAAAGGCGAAGCUGCUACCAAGGCUGCCUCUAACGAUCGUUCAGCUGAAUCGCUGAAGGACCAGGGCCCUGCCCAAACUUCCUCCUCUAAGCCACGUCGGGAUCGCCGAGGGCGGAGAGACAGUUGGAGGGAUACUCAAUGGCUCCCUACACCACCGAAAGGGAGGAGGAGCCGGCAACGACAUAGAGACGACGAUCCGGACUACGAUCGGCCGAAGCCUGUGAAUGGUGAUAAGCAGCAGCUAUACAAGCCAGGGAAGGCUACACCUUAGGUCAAGUUUCUAUGAAGAAGGUGAACGGGUAUAAUGUCUCAAGAGCCUCCGAGGUGGUGGGAUGAUUGAAGAAUAAUAAGGGCCGUUGUCGCACUGCUUGGCAAGUAGGGAAAGGUCCUCGGUUCGAUCCCUGACGAUGUCAUUUUUUCAGUCGAUAAUGUUCGUGUACGGUAGUUGUAUUAGCUUUAGUGAGGCAUCUGUAUCAUUAUUUGGUAAACUACCUCAGUGACAUUGAUAAUAAUUCUCGGUGCAAUGCCCGUUCUGAAGGU